UAUAAAGCUCACAGCGAGUCUCUCUUUCUCCCAGUUUUUCGUCACCCUCGUGCAUUCUCGCAAGCCCACCACAAGUCAAACAGUCCCUUCUUAUCACCAUGCUCGGUCUCGAAACUCUCGCUGCCCUCGCCGUUCUCGGCAUGGCGAACGCCCAGUCGACCAUUGGAUUCGGCCCGUACUUCAGCUUGGGCCCUACUCAGAGCUGGAUCCGCGAGGCCAAGACUACUCUUGUUCUUCCUGAAGUUCCCAGCCCCGUGGCGGACCGCCUGGCCCUGUGGCCUGGUAUGGGCACCAGCGGUGGUGACCUGAUCCAGGCGCUUGCUGUCUCUUUCUCUGACCCCAACGCCAAUUGCGGUGGCAAGUCUGGCCAGUGGUGUAUCUGGGCCAGUACUCUUCAAGGCACUCAGCUCGGUGGAACUGAGGUUCCCGCCAAUGCUGGCGAUAAGGUGACCAUGGAGUACAAGUACAACGACUCCACCUCCAAGUACGACCAGACCGUCUCUCUCAACGGUAAAGUUGUUUCGACUCUGUCAACCAGCUCCGGUGUGGCACAGGGCUGGGGUACCGCCGUCGAAUGCCAGGACGAUGCCUGCAAGAGCACUGCUCGCGCUCACCAGUACAUCGACACUACCAUCAUCCUGAACGCCGCCGACAGCACCUUCGCCGGCACUCUGGCCACCAACGAGGUCAGCUCCACCGGCCUCAAGACCUCCGACCACAAGACUUUCACCGUCGAGACCAUCAACGUCCAGGCCCACACCUACGAUGUCUAAGUUGAAGGUUGAGCUUGUCUAACUUGGUUGUAAAUAUUGGCGUGGC